AAGAAGAAGAGCGCUGCGUAAGGGGGCGGGGCUUGUGUUUGAACGUGCAGCGGGGAAACUUCCGGAACAGUCUGUUGAUGCUAGCUGCUCAGCUAACGACGAGCUGUCUGUCUGAUUAGAGCCAGUUUAUCUCCAGUAAAAUGUCAUAUUACACACAAGAUUAGGGCUCGAUUUCAUUACGAAGUAACUCUACAUCUUUGUUGUGCUGGUCUUUGAGACAACAACAUGCCUAUCAGAGCAUACUGCACCAUCUGCUCCGACUUCUUCGAUCACUCCAGAGAUGUUGCUGCCAUCCACUGCGGACACACUUUCCACUAUGAAUGUCUUCUCCAGUGGUUUCAGACAGCCCCCACAAAAACCUGUCCACAAUGUAGAAAACAGGUCAGCACCAGACACAUCAUCAACAAGCUGUUCUUUGACAUUGGUGAAGAGGGGCAGAGCACAGCGGAUCCUGAAAGCCUGCAGAAUGAACUUGAUCGAAUGAAGGCGCUUUUAACCUCUAAAGAGCGAGACUGGCGGGACAAACAGAAGUCGGUGGACAGCUUGAGGGACAUUGUGGACAAACAGAAGAGGGACCUGGACAGUGUACGGAAAGAUAUUAUGGAGAAGGAGAUGCUCUGUUCUACCCUCAGGAAACAGAUGACGUACCUGGAGACGCAGCAGAAUGAAACUCAGGCCGCCAAAGAGGAAGCGCGGAGACUCAGGACCAGAAUGAAAACCUAUGAAAGCCUGGACGUGUUGUUGCAGGGUCAGAGAGCGGAGGUGGAGUCCAUGAUCACAGAUAUGGGCGUCAGCCAGGCGGCCGUGGAGCAGCUCUCCAUCUACUGCAUCUCGCUCAAAAAAGAGUACGAUAAUCUAAAAGGAGGUCAUAAGUCUUCAAAUGACAUGUGCGAGAAGCUGAAGAGGGAAGUGCUCGCCUCAAACAACAAGUUACACAAAGCCACAAUGGAGGUGAAUCAGACCAAAGAGGACAUGAAGUCUCUGCAGAAGGAUCUGGCCAGUGCUGAUAAAGAGAUCACCAGUCUGAAGAAGAAAGUGGAGUUUCUUCAGAGGACGCUGAGCACCCCGACGCGGACAAAUGAAGCCCUCACCAGGCUCGUGUUUGAGAGCCCGGCCCCAUUGGAGCUGAAGCAGCCUCGCCUCCGCCACCCUGCAGAUAGCCAGGACAUCGACCUCAACAUGACGUAUGACAUCACUACGCCAGAUGACGUGGCCAAGAGGCCGCCGAAGUUCCAAUCCAAGAAGAUGCGGCUAGAUCCUCCAGGGUCGCCUGACUUCAAACGCAACGAGAAAAGUUCAUCUCUAAGCAAGGCUCGAGACGAGGACGGAUCCAUGGAUCCUUUCUUUAGGAACUCCAUCCUCUUCAGAAAGAAGACCUUCGGCAGCAUGUUGGACCCUCAGAGGAAGCUCGGAGCUGUGAGAACCGGCUAUGAUGGAUUAGGAGGACGAACUAAAUUCAUCCAACCCUCUCCUUUAUCAGAGAUUCGCCCGCUGAUGAAAGCUAAAAGGAAAAACGUCACCAGGCCUCAACACAAGAUUGCAACUUGCCUGACUCUGGACGGCUUCCUCGAGUAAAUGUCGACCUCUCUUCUUUCCCCGGAUGCUGAGUCUAAGGUCGGGAUGUUUGUGCUGCUCUGGCACACAGAACCAGCCUAGCAGCGGUUCUGCCACUCAGCACCAAACGGAACUCUCUGAUUGAACUUUAUUAAAAUCAGUAAACUGACCUCCCGCUUGAUAACGGAUGCUAAGCAAACCGGCUGAACUUUUUUUUUUUGUGUUGACUUAAACUUGUAUGUGGAGACUGUGUCUUUGCUUCUCCUGUUGUUGUUGUUAUGUGGGCGUCUGUAUGUGUAGAUGAGACAAAUCAACUUAUUUCAUUGAUGAUCACUGAUGCAUCUUAUUUAAAACCCGUCUCCUGACACACCAACAUGUGGAUAUACUUUUUUUAGUUUUACUGGUCCUGCCAGAUGUGAACCAACUCAAAUAAUAAACAAUAUUUUUUUAUUAA